GUCUACUCCACACUUUAUUUGCUUCAAAACGCAACAACGACUUCCUUUUAUAUCCAAUCACUAUAUAUCCUCACAAACUCAAGCAAACAAGGGCAUGAACCGUCAUGCGAUGGCCGCCAUGGGCUUCCGAAUCGCAAGUCCCCGCAAACGACAAUGACGAUCGUGAUCAACAACAACAACAACAGGACCAGACUCUCUCACCUACCAAACCACCCCCAAGCAAACCUGACCCCGCAAUCAACUGGGCAUCAUUCAUAGAACCUAGAACCCUCGUUCCAACUAUAAUUCUCACAACCGCAAUCCUUAGCGCAGUCCAAAUCCACCGUCGAUAUCUCCGCCGAUUCCGCGAUGCCCCAAGCGUUCCGCAGACGUAUUUCCGCCGUAGAAGCGUCUUCGGAAAGGUAACCAGCGUUGGAGAUGGAGAUAAUUUCAGAAUCUAUCAUACGCCGGGAGGCAGAUUAGCUGGGUGGGGAUGGCUACCAUGGAAGAAGGUUCCCACGAGUAAGAAAGAGCUGAGGGAUAAUACGAUUCAUAUCCGAUUAGCUGGUGUUGAUGCCCCCGAACUCGCGCACUUCGGUCGUCCCGAGCAACCUUUUGCUCGUGAAGCCCAUGAAUGGCUCACGUUUUAUCUACGCAACCGUUGGGUGCGCGCCUACGUACACCGUCCCGAUCAGUACCAACGGGUGGUCGCGACGGUGUAUGUGCGACGGGCCUUGGAUUUCCCGAUCCCCUUUCGUCGGCGGGAUGUGUCAUAUGAGAUGCUGAGGCGGGGUCUGGCAACAGUGUACGAGGCGAAAUCUGGCGCGGAAUUCGGAGGCAUCGCGAACGAGCGGAGGUAUCGGAAUGCUGAGUGGUGGGCGAAGCUGAGGGGAUUGGGUAUGUGGAAGGGGUUCCGGAGUAAUACGGGGUUUGAAACUCCGAGACAGUAUAAGACGAGGAUGGGAAUGGGGAUGGAAGAAGGCCAGACGAGUACUAAUGGGAAAGAUACAAAGCGAUAGGUCUUGUUUUGGUGGAUAUAUCUUCCUGUUCUGUCUUUAUGACUGUAUGUUUGAUAUCCCUAUGCAUGGGCUCUAUACCUCUUUAUAUAUACUUAGAUAUGGUGAGCAGGUUGUACUGAAUAGGUUUGGAACUCAUUAACCUAAUCAUUAAGUAUAUAUAUAUUACAUAUAUAUCCUCUAGGCACUCAUUCU